AUGGAGAAAAUUCGUUGCCGUCUGAAGUUUGAUAAUAUGUUUCUCGUCCCUAGGAGACAUUUUAGUGGUGGCCUUGCCUUGUUCUGGUCUAAUGAUCUUGACCUCCAUAUUCGUACUUUCUCUCCCCACCACAUAGAUGCAGUGGUAAACCCAAGGAUUGAUGACGCUUGGCGCUUUACGGGGUUCUACGGAGCUCCGGAAUUAGCUAACCGGGAAGAUUCUUGGUCCCUGCUCCGCCAUCUUAGCACUCAAUUUGAUUUGCCGUGGGUGUGCAUGGGUGAUUUUAAUGAAAUCACAAGUUUGGAUGAAAAGUUGGGAGGUGCUUUAAGGUCGGAUAGGCAGAUGCAAAUGUUUAGAGAUUGCCUUGACUUCUGUGGAUUUAAGGAUAUUGGCUUUACUGGCUUGCCUUUUACGUGGUGCAAUAAUAGAUUCGAUGGUCCUUUAGUGUGGGUUAGGCUGGAUAGAGCUUUAGCUUCGGCUGAAUGGAUGCUCAAAUUCCCAUCUGUGCGUCUUCACCAUCUGGCUGGUUUUUCCUCUGAUCAUAAGCCAAUUUGGCUAUGCUCUGAUGAUGUGCAUAGACGUUUCUACCGUCCCCAGAAACCUUUCCGUUUCGAAGAGAUGUGGUUAAAAGAUGAAGGCUGUGAAGGGGUGGUUAAUGCAGCCUGGGAUGUAUCUGUGGAAGCUAACCCGAUGCUGAAGGUUUUGCACAAGGUAAAUAAUUGCCAAUCUCACUUGAAAUCCUGGAACAAGAAUGUUUUCGGUAACAUCAGAGGCACUCUGGUUCAGAAAAGGAAAUUAUUGGCAAAGGCAGAGAUAGGGGCUGUUGCUGGGCAGAAUUGUGGGCAAGUAAAAGAUCUUAAAGAAGAAAUAAACAAGUUGUUAGACUUAGAGGAGUGUAUGUGGAGUCAAAGAGCAAAAACGGACUGGCUGCGUUACGGUGAUCGGAAUUCAAAAUACUUUCAUUGUCGCGCCUCUGAUAGAAACAAAAGAAAUUUUAUUUCAGGUCUUGAAGAUGACCGUGGCUUAUGGGUGGAUGAGGAGGAAAGGAUCGGUGAGUUACUGAAUGAAUAUUACUCCUCUUUGUUUUCCUCUUCCAAUCCAACGGAAUUUGAUGCUGCCCUUGUUGGUGUUGGACCUCGGGUAACCCGGGAAAUGAAUGACUCUCUGACCCGGCCUUUUGAAGCUACUGAAGUUGAGACAGCUCUUGCCCAAAUGAAAGCUAACACAUCUCCCGGGCCGGAUGGUUUUCCUCCCCUGUUUUACAAACAAUAUUGGCCAAAAAUUGGAGCGGAGGUCUCAGACGCAGUUAUUGGGGUUCUUAAUACAGGUAUUCUCCCUCAUGAGCUUAACCAUACUUUCCUGACUCUAAUUCCUAAGAUAAAAAGUCCGAGAAGGGUUAGUGAUUUUAGGCCUAUUAGUUUGACUAAUGUGCUUUAUAAACUGAUUGCAAAGGUCCUUGCUAACCGCCUGAAAAAAUUUCUGCCUGAGUUGAUUUCAGAAACCCAGAGUGCUUUCGUGCCUGGUCGCCUUAUAACUGAUAACAUUUUGAUUGCUCAUGAAACUCUUCACUAUAUGAAGUCCAAGCGAUCGGGGAAGGUGGGGCUGAUGGCCUUAAAGCUCGAUAUGAGCAAAGCUUACGACCGUGUCGAAUGGUCUUUCUUGGAAAAAAUCAUGGAAACAUUGGGAUUCAGCCAACGAUGGAUCUCUCUAAUAUCCAUGUGCAUUAGAUCUGUCACCUACUCCAUCCUCCUCAACGGGCAGCCACAUGGUCUCAUUUCCCCUCACAGAGGUCUUCGUCAAGGUGACCCACUGUCACCGUAUCUGUUCUUACUCAUCACAGAAGGGCUGCAUGGGCUUCUUAAGAGUGCUGAAAUGAGUGGCAGCCUGAGAGGGGUGUCUCUUUGUCCGGCUGGCCCACGCAUUUCUCACUUACUCUUCGCCGACGAUAGUCUUAUCUUCUGUCGAGCCUCAUUGUCAGACUGCCAAACAAUCCAGUCCAUCCUUCAGAUUUACGAAAACGCUUCGGGCCAAAAUAUUAACCGAGGUAAGACAAAUUUGUUCUUUAGCUCUAAUACUCCUGCCCAAACUCAAGAAGAUAUUAAAAAUCUUUUGGCUGUUCCAGUUAUCCAAAGGUUUGAACAAUAUCUGGGUCUCCCCUCCUUCGUUGGUAGAGCAAAGAAACGGUCUUUCAGUUUAAUAAAGGAGAGGAUUUGGAAAAAACUAAAGGGGUGGAAGGAAAAGUUAUUAUCUCAAGCCGGGAGAGAAAUUCUGAUUAAGGCGGUGGUCCAGGCGAUCCCCACCUAUACCAUGUCGUGCUUCAAACUCCCGAAAGGGCUUAUUAAUGAAAUUGAAGGCUUGAUCAGAAAAUUUUGGUGGGGUUACCGUGGGGAGCAGAAGCGUAUCCAUUGGGUCAGUUGGGAGAAGCUUUGUCUUCCAAAAAGUGAUGGAGGGAUGGGUUUUAGGGAGCUCAGCUGCUUCAAUGACUCGCUCCUAGCUAAACAAGUGUGGAGGUUAAAGAACAACGAGUCUUCUCUAUUUUACAGUGUGUUUAAGGCUAAAUUUUUUCCAUUUUGCUCUAUAACUGAGGCUUCUUGUUCUUGUAAGGGUUCAUUUGCUUGGAAAAGCAUUCUUCAAGCCUCUCGGGUUGUUGAGUUGGGCUCGGUGUGGCAAGUGGGUGAUGGGAAGUCAAUCAAGAUAAGAGGGGAAAAGUGGCUACCUCCCACUCAUGGCAGUUGUAUUGUCUCGCCUCUUUCUUUGCUAAGCCCGGACUCAAUGGUGAGUGCCUUGAUUGAUGUUGAUUCCCACUCUUGGAAUUCGGAUCUGAUUCAGCGUGAAUUCCUAUCUCAUGAAGCUAAAAUUAUAUUGGGUAUCCCCUUGAGCAUCCAUAACCCCCCGGACAGGCAGGUGUGGUUCCCUUCCAACAAAGGUGCUUAUACUACUAGAAGUGCCUAUAGAUUAUUAUCCUCUUCGAACAGAGGGUCUCUCCCUAAUUGUUCGGAUCCAAGCAAACGUAAACACAUGUGGAAAGGCAUUUGGUCCUUACAGGUUCCUCAGAAAAUCAAACAUAUGUUGUGGAAGGCAGCAAACAAUGCGAUUCCUACAUUAUUCAACCUCUGGAAAAGGAAUGUGGUCAAGACUGUGGUUUGUCCUAGCUGUGACUCUGAAUGUGAAGAUACUAUCCACGCCCUUUGGAGCUGCCCUGUUCUUAGGCCGGUAUGGGAAACAGGGGAAUUAACAAGAAAAUUUUUGAAAUAUAACUUUUCCUCUUUUGCGGACUUGCUGGACUUGUCUUUCAGGUUUAAAGAAGAAACGGAUUUGAAUCUCCUUGCAGUGCUGUUUUGGUCGAUAUGGGAAAAGAGAAACACAGAUCGGGAGAGGGGCUGUGUGUCAAGUCUUCAUGACAUACGGUCAAGGGCUGUGCAUUUUCUACAGGAGUUUGCUUCUGCCCAUUUAGCUACUCGUCAUCUGCAUGUCUCUGGUCCAGCUCAAAGGGUCAGGUGGAUCCCGCCAAUCUCUCCCCAUUACAAAGUGAAUUACGAUGGGGCUUUAUUCAACGAUUUAGGUGCUGCUGGUCUGGGUGUUAUAAUUCGGGACUCUGAUGGCUGUGUGAUAGGUGCUCUUGCGGAAAGGAUCUCUCUCCCUUCCUCAGUUGCUACGGUGGAAGCUCUGGCUUGUAGGCGUGCUGUUCAAUUUGCUUUGGAACUUAGUGUCUUUGAUGCAAUUUUUGAAGGUGACGCUGAGAUUGUUACAAAAGCUCUGCAUGAAGGUGUUUCAAACCAUCCGGACUUUGGUUUGGUUGUAACUGAUUCCCUUAGGCUAGCUACUGCUUUUCGCUUUUGUCAUUUUUCGCAUGUAAAACGACUGGGUAAUACAGUCGCCCAUUUACUGGCCAGAAGCUCCAAGUCUGGCAACGAGCUCCAGGUGUGGAUGGAAUCCGUGCCUGAGGACAUAGCUCCUUUUGUUUUUAAUGAUGCUUUGUAA